AGCAUUGUUACACACGAUACUAUUAGAGAGUAGUCCGCGUCUUCUGCUGGGACACGCACUAAUCCCUCAUCUUCGUUUGCCUCCCAACAUGAAGUUCACCCUUGUCCACCUUCUCUUCCUCUGCCUUAAUCUAGCAGCCUACACCACCGGCGACGACCAAUUCGUCUACUCCGGUUUCUCUGGCGCAAACCUCACCUUCGACGGCGCAGCCACGGUCACUCCAGGCGGCCUCCUCCAGCUCACCAACGGGACAGACCAGCAGAAAGGCCACGCUUUCUACCCGACUCCGCUAAACUUCACCAGGUCUCGUGGCGGAGAGGUGCAGUCCUUCUCGGCCUCCUUCGUGUUCGCCAUCUUGUCCAUCUACACCGAUCUGAGCGCCCACGGCAUGGCCUUGGUCGUGGCGUCGAGCAAGAACUUCUCCUCCGCUCUGCCUGGCCAGCUCCUUGGCCUCACGGACAUCCAAAACAACGGCAACGACAGCAACCACUUCUUCGCCGUGGAGCUGGACACGAUCCAAAACAAGGAGUACAACGACCUCAACGCCAACCAUGCCGGCGCUAACGUCAACGGUCUCACAUCGCUGCAGUCCUACUACGCCGGUUACUUCGAUGACAAGGAUGGUAACUUCCGCAACCUGAGUCUGAUUAGCCGCCAGGCCAUGCAAGUGUGGGUGGAUUAUGACCACAAGGUUGCGCAGAUCGCUGUGACCAUGGCUCCCAUCAAGAUCGGCAGACCUGUAAAGCCAUUGUUCACAGCCACCUACAACCUCACAGCUGUGGUCACAGACGACGCAUACGUCGGUUUCUCCUCUGCGACCGGCACAUUCGACGUGCGACACUAUGUACUUGGUUGGAGCUUUGCCAUGAACGGCCCUGCUCCGGCCAUCGACAUCUCCAAGCUACCAAAUCUUCCGCGUGUAGGACCGAAGCCACGAUCCAAGGUAUUGGAAAUAGUUUUGCCAAUAGCAAGUGGAGUGUUCGUCCUCAUCCUGGGCACCAUUGUUGUCCUCGUACUGCAAAGGCGUUUUAGGUACGCCGAGCUACGGGAAGAUUGGGAGGUUGAAUUCGGGCCACGACGAUUCGCAUACAAGGAUUUGUACCGUGCAACAGGAGGUUUUAACAACACACACCUGUUAGGAAUUGGAGGAUUCGGCAGGGUAUACAAGGGUGUCCUUCCAGCGUCUGAGGUGGAGAUUGCUGUGAAGAAGGUGUCACACGACUCAAAGCAGGGCAUCAAGGAAUUCAUUGCAGAGGUGGUUAGCAUAGGACGUCUCCAACACCGCAAUCUUGCACCAUUACUUGGUUACUGCCGACGAAAAAGUGAGUUGUUUCUGGUCUACGAGUACAUGUCAAAUGGAAGUGUUGACAAGUACCUGCACGGCAGAGAAGGCAAACCAAUUCUGAAUUGGGCUCGUAGGUGGCAUAUCAUCAAAGGCAUUGCAUCAUGCUUGGUCUACCUUCAUGAAGAGUGGGAAAAAGUUGUAAUCCAUCGGGACAUCAAAGCCAGCAAUGUCCUCCUGGAUAGCGACAUGAACGGAAGGCUUGGUGACUUUGGCCUUGCAAGAUUGUACGACCACGACACUGAUCCGCAGACCACACAUGUGGUUGGAACGAUAGGAUACCUAGCUCCAGAGCUAGGACACACUAGCAAAGCGACCCCUCUUACUGACGUAUUUGCUUUUGGAGUAUUCAUUCUUGAAGUUACUUGUGGGCAGAGGCCUGUCAACAAUGCAAGCUUACAGGAGAGCCAAGUGCUGCUGGUCGAACGGGUGCUCGAGCAAUGGAGCAAGGAAUCGCUCCUCGAUACCGUGGAUAAGCGGCUUGAGGGCAACUACGACGCUGCCGAGGCAUGUGUGGCUCUCAAGCUAGGCCUGCUAUGCUCUCACCCAUUCGCGAAUGCAAGACCAUCUAUGCGGGAAGUGAUGCAGUACCUUGAGGGGGACAUGCCGCUGCCGGAGAUGACACCGACGGAUUUAAGUUUUCAGAUGAUGGCCAUAAUGCAGAAUGGAGGAUUUGACCAAUUCAUCAUGGCAUAUCCUUCAUCGUCAGCGAGUAUUGAAAGCACGUCUCUAAUUUCAGUUGGAAGAAAAAGUAUGAUGCAUAUACUCCUAGUCGUUGGCCAAGCUCCAGACAUGUAUCCGAUGGAGCGCACGUUGUUCCUACUACAUGCCAUCCCCUUCCUCGUUCUUCUUCACCUUGCAGCUUCCACAACCAGCAACGACCAAUUCGUCUUCAAUGGAUUCGCUGGUGUUAACCUCACCCUCGAUGGCAACGCCAUGAUCACACCAGACGGGCUCCUGGAGCUCACCAACGAUACCGUCAAUCUUGGCCACGCCUUUUACCCAACUCCACUGAGCUUGCAAAAGUUGCCCAACGGCACCGUGCAAUCCUUCUCGCUCAGCUUCGUGUUCGCCAUCCUCUCCGUCCACAACGGCAUAAGUGCCGAUGGCAUGGCCUUCUUCAUUGCUCCGACAAAGAACCUCUCCAACACAUGGGCGCAGUACAUGGGCCUCCUCAACAGCGGCAACAACGGCAACAAGAGCAACCACAUGUUCGCGGUGGAGCUGGACACCACCCAGAAUCAGGAGUUUCAAGACAUCGACAACAACCACGUGGGCAUCAACUUCAACAGCCUCAGCUCUUUGCAAGCCUACCCCGCUGGGUACUACGAUGACAAGGCUGAUGGAUCCUUCAACAACUUGACUCUUAUCAGUGGCAAGGCGAUGCAGGUAUGGGCUGACUAUGAUGGGGAAUCCACACAGAUCAAUGUGUUCUUGGCUCCCAUGGGAUGGGCUAAACCGGUGAGGCCACUGCUUGCAUCUUCCUACAACCUCUCCACAAUUCUGAGAGACCCAUCAUACAUCGGUUUCUCAGCCACAACCGGUGCAAUCAGCACAAUACACUGUGUUCUCGGCUGGAGCUUUGCCAUUGAUGGCCCUGCUCCAGCUAUUGACAUAGCUAAGCUCCCAAAGCUGCCACGGCUUGGUCCAAAGCCUCGCUCCAAGGUGUUGGAGAUCACCCUGCCGAUAGCCUCGGCCACAUUCGUCCUUGCAGUAGGAGUUGUUAUCAUUGUAUUUGUCCGCAAGAGAUUCAGGUACAGAGAGCUGCGCGAAGAUUGGGAGAUUGAUUUCGGGCCACACCGGUUCUCCUUCAAGGACUUGUUCCAUGCAACGGAAGGGUUCAGGCAAAAGAAUCUGCUUGGUGUGGGCGGGUUUGGCAAGGUGUACAAAGGUAUGCUCCCAAAGUCCAAACUGGAAGUAGCGGUGAAGAGAGUGUCUCACGAGUCGAGGCAAGGGAUGAAGGAGUUCAUCGCUGAGGUUGUCAGCAUUGGCCGCCUCAGACACCGCAACCUUGUGCCUCUGCUUGGGUACUGCCGAAGAAAAGGUGAACUUCUUUUGGUCUAUGACUACAUGUCGAAUGGUAGCCUCAAUCAGUAUCUGUAUUGUGAAAAUGGUCGGGCAUCACUGAACUGGGAGCAGAGGCUCCAUAUUAUCAAGGGCAUCGCAUUUGGCUUGGUCUACCUUCACGAGGAGUGGGAGAAAGUCGUCAUACACCGAGACGUUAAGCCAAGCAACGUGCUUCUAGAUAGUGAAAUGAACGGAAGGCUAGGCGACUUUGGUCUUUCAAGGUUGUACGAUCAUGGCACUGACCCACAGACCACACAUAUGGUUGGAACCAUGGGGUACCUGGCUCCCGAGCUGGUACGCACGGGCAAGGCGUCCGCUCUUACAGACGUUUUCGCGUUUGGCGUAUUUCUUCUCGAGAUCGCUUCUGGGCAGAGACCUAUCAAGCAAAAUCCAUUUGGGAACCAACAUACAUUGGUCGAUUGGGUUAUAGAGCGCUGGCAUAAUGGAUCUCUCGUGGACACCCUGGAUCCGAGACUCCAGGGUCAAUACAACAUCGAUGAGGCAUGUUUGGUGCUAAAGCUAGGCCUUCUCUGCUCCCACCCUUUUACCAGUGCAAGACCCACAAUGCGGCAAGUCAUGCAGUACCUCCAGGGUCAUACACCGCUACCACAGCUAACAGCAGCACAUUUCGGCUUCACUAUGCAAGCUCUGGCGCAGAACAAAGGGUUGGAGUCCCCAAGUAUGCCGUAUCCUCAGCUAUCGACCAGUUUUGCCACAUUCUCUGGCCUCUCCGGAGGAAGAUAGCUUAUUAUUUGGGAUGGUAUCUACACUUGGGAUCUUAUAGUCCCACUAUAAUCAGGACUGUCAUGUACUCCCCCGAAAUUCCCAAUAAAUGCUUUCGUAAAUGGUAUUCAGGUUUAACACAUGAUAAGAUAGAGAAAGCAUGUAGUCACAUCUCAUUCAGAAAAUAGAAAAGCAAUACACCAGGAACUGUUCCAACAA